AUGCAGCAAAGAGUGCGGGAGGGGGGCGAGACGAAGGACGAGGUGCGGGGAAGAGCGAAUAUCCUCGGAUGGUGGGGCAUCAGAUAGGCUACGAAAAUCAAGAAAUAAUUUGAUCUUAAAAUACCCAAGCAGGUUAUUCCACCGUUUCCCCUUCAUCCUCUGAAUAUGUUCAAGGCCCUGGCAGGAAUUUGUUUGCUCCAUCUGACUACAAUUUUCUUCCUUUUUUGGGCAACUAUAGAUGAUGCAUGGUGGUUCACAGAGAACCUUUAUACAGACUUGUGGGGCAGAUGGGUGAUGGAGAACAAUGAUAAUGUCUGGGUGUACAUGGACAUACCGACCUCAUACCGGAAGGACUAUCUGCAGGCGGUCCAGGCGUUUGCAGUGCUGUCAUGCCUGUUUGCUGUGUUCUCUCUGUGCGUGUUCAUAUGCCAACUCUUUACUCUGGGUAAAGGAAAGCGGUUCACCAUCUCUGGAGUUGUGCAGCUAAUCUCCUGUUUCUGCAUCAUGGUGGCUCUGUCAGUCUAUACCGAUCACUUCCACAGAGACGAGAAGAAUGGCUGGUAUGGCUGGUCCUACAUCAUGGCCUGGUUUGGGUGGCUGCUGACCCUCUUCACUGGAAUCAUGUACAUCAUCCUGCGCAAACGAGUGGAUUAAACUUUAGACCUCGCUCUCAGUGCUAAUGUACAGCAUUCAUUAUUUUUCUUUAAAGUCUAAGUACAGAACUUGAAAAAUAAUGAGUUGUCUGAAAUAUUACAGGCGUUGGUUGGAAUUGUAGAAACUUGUGCAACAAAUCACAGCAUCAGCAGUUCACGGAAAGAGUUUAAUAUCUGUCAGUGAGAAAGGGUUGAUUCAGCAUUCGAGGAAAAAUGGCCAGAGUUCCUUAAACAAGAAAUGUUGUUUUUGCUUUUGCAUUUUUGUUUAGAGUAAUACUACAGAUCGGUUUGAUGGGUCAUCUUUCCCUAGUUUCGCAAAGCACUGAGGGCAGUAAGAGGGUCUAAACACUUUAUUGCAGGGGUUAGUGUGUAAAGAUGGUGAAGAUGCAGUAUAUACACAAGGAUAUGUAAAAAAUGUAUUUAUAACAUGUAUAAAGAGAAAGAUAAAUUGUACAUAUAAAGUACAUACAAAAAAUAUAUAUGUUAUGAUCAAAGUGUAGUUUUAAACAUCACUUGCACUUUAAGAAUUAGCUUCGUCUUAAACACAGGUUUAUUUUUUAUUGUAUUUUUAUGUUGUAGAUGGCAAUGGCGCAGGAUAGUCUCUAGGUCAAGAUAAGGGUCAAAUCUUUGUUACUGUGAUUUCUUUUUUCUUUGUUACCGUGCAUUAUGGUGCUGUUCAAAUUUGGAAUCACUCAUUUGAUCACGUGACUUCUGAACACACAAUCCUUUUGUAAUUGCAUUGUACAGACCCUCUGCCAAUAUAUUUAUUUGCAAUUUCUGCGUGGACAAAGGCUUUCUUGAUAAAAAAAAAAUGGGCUCUGUUGCUAUGCCAGCCAUUUUUGAUUAGCAUGAAAAUGAUGAUGAAUGAUUGUUGAUGAGGUCAGAUGAUCACCUUGUAAAAUUCUAGAGCACAGAAUGCUUUUUUUUAUUAUUAUGGGAGAAUUACUCAAUUCAACAUUAUUAUUAUUCAACAUCCUCUCAAGGAUAAAGCUCCUUACUGACAUCCAGGCUAUUCAGUGUCUGCUUACUUUGGUUGAAGUUUUAACUGGCUCUAUGUGUAUUUUAUGUUGCAGUAUGACAGCAAAUGGAAGGGAUGCUAUUUUUUCAAUGCAAAGCCAAACAGUGUAAACCAGGGAUGACAUUCAUUUUAGGAAUCACACAAAUAAAAACCUCGCCAUAAGAAUCGCUUUUGUUAUUUUAUUAUUCACAACAUCAAUAUUUUACAACUUUAAAUAAACUUCAACAUAAUUAUUUA